AUGCUCAUUGGUAUCGCUUGGAACAAUGUGCAGCCUACUUCAACUGCUAGAAGGUCACAUUCGACGUGUUAUGGCCGCCCUGAAGAUCGUAUCGUUUGCCUCAAUUUGGCACCGUUGAUUUCCUUUCCGCAAAGAUCGUCGAGGGUGUGA